AUGGACGACCCGAGUCCUAGCCGAGUGAAGCAGCUCGCGUCUCGAUUCGAGCCGCAGCUGUCUAAGGUGCAGCGUAUCGCCUCCAUGUUCGAAUGCGAGCCGCCGUCGCCGUCCACGGCAAUCUCCCUAUCACGCCGCGUCGGCGGCAACAGCACCGCCAAAAUUCAGUACAAGCGAGUCCAAUCUGACCGUCCAAGUUCAACCGGCGAUUUCCAGCAGUCCGUCAGACGACAGUCAAUUCCCUCCCCGAGAACAGUCGAAACUCCUGCCUUGCAAUACGACCCUGGCGAGGAAUCCAUCGGCGGCGGAGAGCAGUUGACGGAGGAGCAGUUGGCGGAGGAGGGGUUGGACGGGAUGAGCAUGGAGGAGAUGGAAGCGCUCUGCGAGAUCAUGGCGCUCGAGGAGUCGCGCGCCCGCGCCGAGCGCAUGGAAGCGCUGGGCUACGAGGUGGCGGGCGGGGAGGGGCGCGAGGAGUACCGCAAGGAGGGGGAUGGUGGGGAGGGCGGAUGGUGGCAGGUGGGGUACAGCGACGGGCGCGCGGGUGGAGAGGGGAGCGGUGAUGGGGAAGCGGAAGGCGGGGGAACAGGAGGUGGGGAAGGGGUUGCAGUGGUUAUUGGGGAUGACGAAGAGGGUGACAGUAAGGAGGGGGGCUCGGUGGGCUCCUUGAUUCGAUCCAUCGAGGGACUACCCAAGCAGAGCAAGCAGCAACCUCAGCCCAUCUCUCCAGAAAAAACGCCAGGCAAAUCGCGCAAGUCGUCGGGCGGAAAGAAGAGCAGGGAGAAGCGCAGAGGCGAGCCGGGGGGUGCGGACACCGUCGCGGGAGCGAUUGAACGGUUCAGCGGCAGCGGAAAAGACCCUGGGCGGGUUUCAACGUCCCGAAUGACGGCGUCGACGUCAGAACCGUCGCUCGCUCUCGCUGCUGCUGGCGCGACCGCGGGGAAUCGGCGCUAUGGCCUGGCAAAUGGCGGCACUGCCUCGCCUCUGGAAGACAGGGCGGUGGGAAUGGUGGGUGGUGGAGCAGGGAGGGGCUCUGCGGGACUAAGUGGGGAGUUUCCUCUUGAGCUCUCGUCCAGUCCCUCUGUCUCUGUUGUCGAUGCUGAGCUGUCAAGGAAGAAGACUGAGGUGGCACGAUAUGAAACUGAGCUGGCACGGCGCCGUGCUGAGCUGAACCGACUCAGAGUUGAGCUGGCGAGUGUGAGCGUGGAGAAGGUGCAAGCGGAAAUCGCCCUGACUCGGCUAAAACAAGAAGUAGAGGACUGGUCGUAUGUCCCCGCGGAAGGGACAGGACAGGGAGGAAACGAAGCGGAUGAGGCAGGGGAAGCAGGCGAAAACGGGGCGUCGGAUUUAAAGAAAGAUGGGGAUGGAGGAAGCAGCGAGGAGUCUUCCUCUUCUGCCCAGUUGAAGGCGCAACUGGGGAAGGUGAGGCUUGAGAACGAGCGACUGAAGCGGCGAGAGAAGAGCCUCACUGCUGACGUGGAAUACAUUGAAACCAUGCUGGCGCAGGAGAAGGGCGAGUCAGCAGCGCUGCGGCGUGAGCUGGCGGAGGUCAAACAGCAGCGGAAAGAUCUCGACAAGGAGCUCGCAGCUGCCCAGAAAGAACUUUCUUCCCUCAGACGAUCAGCAGCAGUGGCAGAGAGGCGGGCAGCAGCAGAGGAAGCAGACGCGGCGCUGCUGCGGCAGCAGCUGCAGAAGGCACAGGCGGCGGAGAUGGGGUUGCUGGAGCAGCUGCAGCUGGCGACGAAGGAGGCGAUGGGGCUGCGGAAGACGCUGGUGUGGAGCAAGGAGACUCGCGAGGACGCGGAGGAGUGGGAGCGCGGGCUGCAGGGCACGCUGGCUGAGCAGGUGCAGCGGAAUGGCGAGUUGGAGGUGAAGGGCGGCGAGAUGAUGACGCGGCUGCUGGUGCUGGAGAAGGAGCUCGCUGAGGAGCAGCAACGGCGCAGCGCUGCUGAAUUCCAGGCACGGGAUGCAGUGGCUGCAAAGGAGUUGCUGGAGGAGGAGGUGACGCUGCUGAGGCACACCAGAGGGGCAAUGAAAGAUGCGUUGUUGCAAGGGGAGGGGGGUGGUGGGGAGAGGAGGGCAAGCAGCAGAGCAGAGGAGGGGGUGGCGGGCGAUAGGAGUGAGAAGGUGGCAUCCUCUGACGGACUCAAGAUGGAGGUGCCUGCUAGAGUGUGGGACAUUCUCGACCAGGUGGAGGAGACCAAGGCGAGGGGCAUGGCGGAGAGGGACGAGCUCACGCGCCUGCACUGGCUGACGGCCUGUGUGCGAGGCGAGCUGCACAAGGCCAGAUUCGCCGCCCUCCAAGCUGCUGCCUCAACCACCAACCCCACUUCCGCCACCGCCACCACCGCCGCCACCAUGAGCACCGCCUCUGCUGGCUCCUCGCCUGCGCCUCCGCUGGUGCCUGCUGCAGGCCUCGCCAAGCCACUGGGCAAGGCUGUGUCAAAGAAGCUCUCACUCGUGCUUGACUUGGAUCAGCAUGCUGCUGCCUCUGCUGCUGCCGCACCACCAGACCCUGCAACUGACAGUGCUGCCUCAGCAGCCUCAGGUGCAUCAGGCACCACGUUUUCCACCACUGCCAGCACGCCCCGCACGCCCCCCCACUCCACCACUGUCGCGUCCGCCUCAGCUGGCAGCAAGUUUGUGCGCUGCUCUGCACCGCCCUCACUCCUGCCUGCCCAAUCAGCUCCCUCCACUCCUGCCGCUGCUCCUGCUGCAGCUGCCUCUGCUGCUACCACACCAUCUUGCAGGUGA